AUGAUUCUUCCAGAAAUAAUCAAAGCUCCUGCUGUUCAAUUGAUAGGAGAAAAAUGUUAUACAACGUUGAUAGAAGAUCUUAAUAUUACUGAUGCGGCUUGUUUAAAGCUUUUAUUAUCUAAAGGUCUUGGCUUUGGGAUCGUUUUGGGCGGUGCAUUGGUCAAGCUACCUCAAAUCAUCAAAAUCAUGGGCUCAAGGUCAGCUCGUGGUCUUAGCUUGUCAAGCUAUAUCUUGGAAACGUGUGCUAUGGGCGUUGGAUUGGCUUAUAAUUUUCGACAAGGAAAUCCUUUUAGUACGUUUGGAGAAUUAGUAUUUUUGACCAUACAAAAUAUCAUCAUAUUACUUUUAAUUCUUAACUAUUCGGGUCGCUCCAGAGAUCUGUUUUUUACUGGUAUUACCAUUGUCGCAAUCUCUUAUGUCCUUGGAUCUCCCGCGAUAGUUAACGAUGCUUUCUUGUCAUUUCUUCAAGCGAUCACCAUACCAAUUUCUCUUGCUUCCAAGUUUCCACAGAUAGCAACAAAUUAUAAGAAUGGUAGUACGGGUCAACUGUCUUCAUUUGCCGUGUUUGGUUUCACUGCCGGUUCUUUAGCUAGAAUAUUCACCACCUUGUCUGAAGUUGAUGAUUCCUUGAUUUUAAUCGGUUAUGUUCUAGCUUCCGUACUUAACGUAGUUUUAGCUAUACAAAUGGUCAUGUAUUGGAAUGUUGAGAAGGUAGAAAAGAUUAGUAUUAAAAAAGAAGAUUAA